ACAGCCCCAGCGAGGAAGCCCUUUAUUCAUUUCUUGAAUGCCACAGCUAACCAUGAUGACCAAGUGUCUGCAACACUGGGAAUAUCUUCUCCCUUCACUGCCUGGAGACCGGAAGUCCAAAAUCCAGUUUCCGCCUGUUUGAAGCCAUGAAAUGCAGCUGGGCGUGGUAGUGCACCCUGUCAUUCCGGCACUCGGGAGGCUGAAGCAGGAGGGUCACUGUGAGUUUGACGCCAGCCUGGGCUACAUAGUGAAACUGUCUCAAAAAACCAAAAAGAAAAACAGAAAAUGUAAAACACCACACAGGGAUCUCUCUAAUCCAGUACAAAAACUCAUUUUAAUUCCAUUCUGUUUGCAAAAAUCCUAUUUUCAACUGAGGCAGCACUUAUUGGGAGUUAGAACUUCAGUGUGACUUAGGCUGGCCUUGGAUUUGUGAUGACCCUCCUGCCUCGGCCUCCGAGUGCUGGGAUUACAGGUGGGAUCACACCUGGCUAGGACUUCAGCAUUUUAAAUGACAGGCUUUUUAAAGAGCUGUUUCAGGCUCACAGCAAAAUUCAGCAUACAGAGCUGGGGGUGGCGGCAGAUGCCCGUAGGCCCAGCGCUCGGGAGGCUGAGGCAGGAGGGCUGCUGUGGGUUUGAGGCCAGCACAGGUUACACAAAGUUCUAAAUCAGUCUGAACUACAAAACUUCGAUGGGUUGGCAGAUGCCGGUCCUGGGGGGCCCCGACUCCCACAGGGCUCUCAGCCCAGGAGAAGCUGAUGGGGGCCCAGAGCUCCUGGCUUCCGGGGAGACCCAGACAGACCCGCUCAUAGAUGGCACAGGACUGCUGUCCUCAUGGCUGCCUCCUGUGACCCCUGCCACCCCUCCUGCCACCCUCUGUCACCUUCCCAGCUUCCUCCUCCAACCUCCUUCACAUCACCCCCACUACCGCCCACCAUCCGCCAUAAUUCACUCGUCUUCUCCCGUCACCCCAUUGCUUUCCAUCAUCCUGUCCUAUGGUCACUGUCCUCCCUCAUCACCCAUCACCUGGCAUCAUCUGUCCCUUCCCUUCAUCUUCCCCCAUCCCUCACCAUCCUCCACUAACUCCUACCCUCUCCAUCCGGCUCCAUCAGCUCCCAUCAUCCCCCAUCAUCUCCCAUCAUCCUCCAUCAUCUCCCAUCAUCCUCCAUCAUCCCCCAUCAUUCCCCAUCAUCCCCUGUCAUCUCCCAUCAUUCCCUAUCAUCUCCCAUCAUCCUCUGUCAUCUCCCAUCAUCCUCCAUCAACUCCUAUCAUUCCCUAUAAUCCCCAUCAUCCCAUCAUCCUUCAUCCUCCUCUCAUCGCCCUCCCACCCUCCUCCACUACCCUCCACCGCCCUCCCAUCACUCCUCCUAUUACCCUCCAUCAUGUUCCACCAUCCUUCCUGUCUCUGUCCCAUCAUCUUCCCACCAUCCCUAAAUCUUCAUCCUGGCAUCACCAUCUGCUCAGCUACCUCAGGCCUCGGUGCGUUCCUCCCAUGGCCACCAGAGAGCGCCCGGGAGCACCUCUGUCCCCCUGAUCCUCUCUGCUCACAGCCCAGUGAAAGCAGCUCAGUCCUUAAGUGGCCCCAGGGCCUUUGCAUGACUUCUGCUCUGCUUGGAACACCUCCUCUGCAACUCCUGGAGGCCCACUCUCCCUGCUCCCAUGGACACCUGUUCAGGCGUCCUCAGGGACGCCCCAUCACGCGGUGCGGGUUCCUGUCAGACCCCACUAUGGAGCCCAACAGGCUGCAGGUGCUGGAUAAAUGCUCUGCGCUAUGCACACCAAAGUAGCAGCCUCUGAGCCCUUGAGCCCCUGAGCGCACCGGGCUGCUGGGCCUUGGACCAAACGACCUUAGGCUGCUGGGAUGGGGGUGCACGGGGACCCCACCCCACAUCCUCACCACCCCGUCCCAGCUCCGGGGGUACCCUUUGCGCUUGGCGCCUUGGGGCCUCUCCCUGGGGACGCCCGGGACACCGGAUUCCUCGGCGACACCCGAUCCAGCCCACUUCCAGGCCGGCGCCUGCCCGGCCGGGACAAGGGCCCGUCUGUGCCGGGCAGGGGAGUGGCGAGGCCGGCGCUGUGGGCCGUGCGUGCGGACGGGGAGCGCGAGCCGCGAGGACCGGACGGCAGCGUGAAGACGCCCGCGCUCGGCGCCAUGGGGACACUGCGGAAGCCCCCGGGGGACGGCUCCGGGCCUGGCCUGUACAUCCUGCCGCCCACCGUGGGCUUCCUCCACCACGACCGCACCAGGCCGGCCGGGCCCGCCUACACGCUGGCAGGGAAACCCAGUGAAGCAACACGCCAGGAUACCAGCCCAGGGCCCAUCUAUUUCCUGGACCCGAAGGUCACCCGCUUUGGCCGGAGCUGCACCCCCGCCUUCUCCAUGCAGGGCCGAGGCAAGACUCGGGGUCUGGAGGUGACUCCCGGCCCAGGUACCUACAGCCCGGAGAAGGUGCCCCCUGCGUGUCAUCGGACAUCCCCAGCAUUCACCCUAGGCUUGCGCCUGCAGCCAAAGCCCCCUGACACCUCGGUCCCGGCCCCCAACGCCUACAUCAUGCCUCCGCUCUGGGGCUCACAGAUCUUAGUCAAACCCCGGAGCCCCAGCUACACGGUGGUGGGCCGCACACCCCCUGUCCGCCUCCUGCAGGACCCCGCCGAGAUCCCGGGCCCUGGGCAGUACGACAUGCCGGACCCCAACGCCUACCGCCAGCGCCAGCCGGCCUUUACCAUGCUGGGCCGGCCCCGCACCCCACGGCCUCCGGAGGAGAUGCCCGGCCCAGGCAGCCACUAUCCGGAGCAGGUCACCGUGAACAGAGCCAGGGCCCCCGCCUACAGCAUGGGCAUCCGCCUCCCCAGGCGGGCAGCCACCCUGGCCCUGGACACCGCGCCCUGACCGCCUCAGCCUCCCCUCAGGGGGUGAGGUGCGGUGGGGGCAGGGCGGCCCGGGCACAGGGAGCCCCUCCCUCCCCUCCACAGGGCCUGAGGUCUCUCCAGGCCACACCCCCAGGCCCCAAGUAGCGCCCCAGUUUCCUCUCUGCCGGUCACGCCAGGCCAGCGCAGGCCGGCUCAGAGUGUCCGGUCCGGAGUCGGAGCUUUGUGUGGCCUGGAACUUGCCGUCCAGCGCCUCCAGGGCUCCGGUCCCGCACAGCUCCGGUUUCUGCCAAGCUGGGUCUAUCCCUGCUUCUCGGGGAGCGGGGGACCCGCCCGCCCCCUAGAGCUGGGGCCAAUAAAUCUCAGCGACAACA